AUGAAUCAUGCUAUUGCGAUCUCAAUCACGCUCCGAAGAGGAGUAACGGCAUUCCAUCAUUUCCCCUCAUUUGUGUGCCAUGCUGGACACAGGGCGUAUCAUGCAACUCCACAAGGAUCCCGGCCAAGUCUCGAACCGCGACUAGAAGACCAUGGAAGAGUGAUUCACGAUGAAUACUCAAUCAUCCGUGAUCAAUAUGGUAUUUCGCGUCUCGAGCUUACUUCUGGUGCCACCGCUCACUUUUGCAUAGACGUUCCGAAACACCCCGUUGUUCUGGCCCAUGGUUUGCUUGGGUUUGAUGAACUGCGAAUUGGUGGUCGGUAUCUUCCAGGUGUUCAGUACUGGCGUGGAAUCAAAGAAGCCUUGACAGCACGAGGUGUCGAAGUCAUCACAGCUACUGUGCCCCCGUCAGGCUCCAUUGAAGAUCGAGCGAAAGAACUAGCCCGAGAUAUCGAGGCCGGCGCGCGAGGGAAGGAUGUAAAUAUUAUUGCUGGCCUGGAUUCUCGGUACAUGAUCAGUCACAUUAGACCGGAGAAAUUCAAGGUACUAUCAUUGACCACAAUUGCGUCUCCACACCGAGCCGAUGUCCUCCCCCAGAUCUACUAUGCCCUAAAUCGGUUGAAUGUCGAAACGGGAGCAUUCUCACAACUGACUCGGAAGUACAUGACCGAGACGUUCAAUCCAAAUACCCCGGAUGUGGCGGAUGUCCGAUAUUUCUCCUACGGUGCUGCAGUUCAACCAAGUAUAUGGUCUGCAUUUCGACUAUCCCAUCGAAUUCUUGAACAAAAUGAGGGACCGAACGAUGGUCUCGUCAGCGUAUCUAGCAGUCGCUGGGGAGGGGAAUCGGGAUAUAAAGGAACGCUGAUGGGCGUGAGCCACCUGGACCUCAUAAACUGGACCAAUCGACUUAAGUGGAUAGCUGGAGAGGUUACGGGCAAUAAGCGAAAAUUCAAUGCCAUCGCGUUCUACUUGGAUAUUGCAGACAUGCUGGCAAAAGAGAAUCUGUGA